CUGCUGAAAAGUCUGAAGAGGCUGUCUGAGUUGCCCAUCACAGUUGACAUUCUUGUGGAGACAGGUGUUGGAAAGACUGUGAACAGUUUACGGAAACACGAGCUCGUAGGAGACUUUGCGAAGAACCUUGUAGCCAGGUGGAAGAAGCUAGUGCCCGUGUCCCAGGACACAGACAGGAAUAAUCUAGAUUCCGAAGACCGUGACUAUGAGAAGAGCAGCUCAAGAAAAAGACAUCGAGAACCCUCCCUCAGAGAGGAUGAGGAACCGGAUCGGGAGUAUGCAGAACCCUUCCAGCCAUCUUGCAGCCAGUCCUAUAGCCCAAAUCAUAAGGAAAAGAAGUCCAAAAGGUAUUCUAGGCCUGAGAGAGCCCAUGAGACUUAUGGCAAUAGCAGCAACAAGGGGAAGGGUUGGGGCAGAUCUUCCCCAGUGCUCUCUUCAGAUCAGGAGUACUCGGACUGUGGACAAGCUGUGUCAUCUGAGCCAAGCGAGAGCCCUCAGGACAUGUACACAGACCCUUAUGCCUCUGAGGAGCAGGAAGAACCAUUAUUUCAUCAGAAACCAAGUAAAGGCCACAGCUUUCAGGAGAAGCUGGGGGGAGCCCAAGAGAGGAACCCUGGUGAGUUCUACGACAAAGGGAACAUGAGUCGAAGCAAAGAGCACAAGUCUUCACACAAGAAGCAGCGACUUGAUGGCAGAGGGGAGGACAGGACCUCUGCCUUCAGCCCGGAAAGGUUACACAAGACUUCUUUCAAAGAGCAGCUCCGAGAGGCCCCCUUGGCUGGGGCCAGCAAGGAGAAGCACAGGAUAUCAGAUGGCAGCAAGAAGGAGAAAAACCGAGAAAGCGGCACCUCCAGAAAGGAGAAGUUGCACUUGGAAGAGUCUUUGGACAACCACGUUAAGAAGCAAAAACAUCGGGACUCUGAAAAAAGCAAAUUGGAAAAGCCCAAGGUGACAUUGGAGACCUGUAACCCAGAGCAGGAGAAACGGAAAGCUGAGAGCGACUCCUCAAAUAGGAUCAAAGAAAAGGGGAUUGCUGGGAGCCUAAAAUCUUCAGAGAGGAAGCGCAAAAUCUCUGAUGUGGACAAAAAAUCGACAGGCUUUUCCUCCAAUUUUGGGGAGGGGGAAAUGGAGGAUGAAUUUGAACAACCUACAAUGUCCUUCGAGUCGUACCUCAGCUACGACCAGCCCCAGAAAAAGAAAAAGAAAGUGGUCAAGCCCUCUGUGUCAGCCGGGGAGAAAGACCGGGGGCACAGCAAACAGAACGGAUCCAAAGCCAGUAGCAACAGCUCAAGCUCGAGUCAGAAGAGUCUGAGCCACAUGCAAACAAGUGAGAAAAAGGCAGAGAAGAAGUUACCUGAGCCUCCUAAACCAAACCGGAUACUUUUAGAUGUAGUACCAACGUUACCAGACAUCCCACUGCCGCCGAUCCAGGCCAACUACCGCCCUCUUCCUUCGAUCGAGUCCAUUCCCUGCUCCCAGCCAAAAAGGAAAGCAGUGUCCUCGCCAGUUGAAGACAGCGAAGCAGGCUUUAUAGGCCGCCGGUUGAAUUCUAAGAUGCAGGUGUAUUCAGGCUCUAAAACUGCCUACCUCCCUAAGAUGAUGUCUCUCUAUCAGCAAUGUAUCAGAGUCCUCAGUAAGAACGUUGACUCAAUCUAUGAAGUGGGUGGUGUCCCUUUCUCAGUGCUGGAGCCGGUAUUGGAGAGGUGCACUGCGGAGCAGCUGUAUCGCAUUGAGGAGUGUAAUCAUGUUCUCAUUGAGGAUACGGAUCAACUGUGGCACAAUCACUGUCUCCGAGACUUCAAGAACGAGAAGCCAGAAGAGUUCGAGUCCUGGCGGGAGAUGUACCUUCGGCUUCACGACGCACGAGAGCAGCGGCUGCUCAUGUUAGCACGGAACAUCGGCUCGGCUCAUGCCAACAAACCCAAAGGGAGAGUGGCCAAAAUGGCAUUUGUGAACUCCGCAGCAAAGCCCCCUCGGGACGUACGAAGGAGACAAGAGAAGUUUGGAACUGGAGGACCCCUUCUGCCAGAGAAGACCAAAAUAAAACCAGUCCUGUACACAGCUAGCAAAAGCCACACUCUUGUGAGUGAGGAGCAGUCCUACAAUGGGCCCAGCACCAGCAGUGCCCAUUCUGCCCCAUCUUCAGGUAGCACCUUCUCCUCCUACGACCCCAGGAAACCACCAGUGAAGAAAAUUGCACCCAUGAUGGCAAAGACUAUCAAAGCUUUCAAAAACAGAUUCUCUCGAAGAUAAGUUUGCAGUGCAGAUCUGGGACUUUUUCCUUUUGUGGGGGAGUGGCACUGAAGGGGAGAAGGUACCCAAACAGCCCUUCUUUUUUUUUUUUUUUUUUAACCUCUUUGGAGGCUGCUGGAAGAAGUUUCAGUCUGCACAAGAUGACAGCACAGUAUUUUAUCUUUUAUUCUGGUCGCUUUCUCAGUGUCAAGCCCCUCU